CCUGUCUGCUGGGCUCUUUAAGAGGUGACCCUUUAACUGAUGACAGGAACUUGCUAUAAGGAUUAACCUGGAUUGUAUUUUUGUGGCACAAUAGUCUGAGCGUAAAAACAUAGCAAUGGAGUGGAGAAUUAUAGUACCUCUUCUCUGUCUAAUUGGAAUCCUACAUGUGCCAGGAAAUGCUGCUCAAACCAGCACCAAUGGCACCAACAGCACUUUUGAUAUUGUCUUCCACAUCAAUCUCGAAUUCAAGGACGUCUACUCCAACAUAAACAAUAAUGAGACAAUACAACUGAAACAAAACAUCACCACUCAGGUUGUGCCAGUUUACAGUGGCCUUAAAAACUUUCAAAGCUUUGAUAUUCUGGCAUUCAGGAAUGGCUCCAUUGCGGUGGAAGGAAAACUGUACUUCAACAGCAGUGACGCUAAGCCUAUUGUGGCAAACCUGACACAACUCUUGCAUGAUGCAACUUUCACCUUCACACUCAAUAAGACUCUCACCAAAAUUACUGAGGUCAUACCAGCUGCUGUUUUACCCAACGCAUCUGCAACAGCCCCUCCACCAGCUAAAACUGCGGUUGCUUUAGCGUUCAAAAUUAAUCAAGAAUUCAAUGACACCUACUCCAAUUUGUCUCACCCUGUGACACAAGAGCUGACAAAGAACAUCAUCAAUGCGGUUUCUCCAGUUUACAGACGUUUUCCAAAAUUCCUCGGCAUGGUUAUCAAAAAAUUAAGUCGGGGCUCCAUUGCAGUGGAAUCUGAGAUUCAGUUUGAAGCCACAAACGGCACUAGUCCUAAUCUGACAGAAGUGAAAAACGCCCUUGCUGAAGCAGUUGCAAGUGGAAAUGUUAGCAUUCCAGUUAAUGCUUCAACCAUCACUGCUACUGACGUUUCAUCAUCCAAUGGAACUGUGACAAAUACAACUAAUUCGACUACAAAUACAACAGUGUCUACAACAGCCACUCCACCAACUAAAAUUGCAACAAUUAAUGUAGUGUUCAAAAUGAAUCAAACCUUCAAUGAGACCUACUCCAAUAACUCUCAUCCUGACACCAUACAGCUGUCAAAUACCAUUGUCAAUUCGGUCAGUCCAUUUUACAGGAGGAAAUUUCUACUAUUCCUCAGCAUGUUGAUUCGGAGCUUCAGUCGGGGCUCCAUUGUGGUGGAUUCUGUGCUUCAGUUUGACGCCUCAAACGGCACUAGUCCUAAUUUGACAGAAGUGAAAAACACCCUGAUUGAAGCAGCUGGAAAUUUAAGCUUUCAAAUUGAUACUACAUCCAUCAAUGUUACUGAUAUUUCAUCCAGUGGCACAACUACAGCUACAACAACUUCAGCUGCAACAACCUUGGCAAGCUCUGUAAUUGCAGAGUAUAAUAUAACCUUCAAACUAAGAGACACUUUCACCAGUGAACUAGCAAAUAUAAGCUCUCCUACAUCCAAAGCUCUGGAAAAGAACAUCUCUGAUCAGUGCGGCGUGGCUUACAAAUAUAUCCGGGGCUUCAUUCGCAUGGUGGUUCGGAAGUACAGUAAUGGCUCCAUUUUGGUAGAUGGUUCACUUCAAUUCAACAAAACUAUCUCUACUCCAACUGUAGCAGACCUGGCUAAAAUACUUGCUGACAACGUUAGAAAUGGAACAGUCACAUUACAAAUUGACCCAACAACUAUCAAAGUGACAGACGCCAGUGGAAACGUUGCUAACAAGUCUCCAGUCUUGGCUAGUAUGCUCACAGCUUUCUGGAUGACACUAGCAUCACUUCUGUUGUCAGCUGUGAUGCACUAAGCAUCACCUUCACAUGAGAAAACACACAAAAUCAUGCUACUGCAAAAUGAUUGUGACAUCUCUGAUCAAUUUGGUCACACUGAGAAUCAAAACUAGUCAAGUUAUGAUCUAUUUGUUAACAUUACUAGUCUUUCUUGCCACAUAUAGAGCCUGGUGAUACGAAUGGUAUGUGUGAGUUAUGGUAUUUUGGUUUCUGCUGUAAAAAAGUGUAUUGUUUAUGUGUACACUGACCUGGAGAAAUAAUGAGGAUUGGUUUGUUGAAACCAAAUCUGAACAUUUCUCUUUGCGACAGGAAUGGCACUAGUGAAAGUUAUCUACAGAGCUAUUAUGUUGUAAUUCAAAACUGACAUUGUUUUACUAUUAUGAAAAUGUACUGAACAAUUAAACAUAUCUUUAUCAAUGUAUUAGUAUAUAUUAAAUGAUGAAGAUGUGAAAUCUAUGUAUUUAAUCUUUGAGUAAAUGAAAAAAUGUUCUCAUAAAUGAUUUGUAUUGUUUAGUGAAGUACUUCUGUUUAAUAAAAUGAAGGGGGAAUCCUGUUCCAUUUGUAAUUUCGAUGCUGUAAAAACCUUACAAAUAAACACUCUACCUAGAAGAAUCAA